AAUAUGUUUGGGUUUAGCUUAAUCCCUAUAAAUACCAAUGCCUAUACCAAUUCCUCUUCAUUCACUUCUUUGGAAUUUUUUUCUCAAACCUUCUGCUAGUCCAAACUUUUUCCUAAGAAAAACUUUUCUCAUGGCAUCAUCUUCAAAAAUAACACCCGCAACAGAGAAUAAGGUUUUGAUCUUGAAGAGUAACGAUGGCGACGAGUUUCAACUAGAAGAAUCCAUCGCCAUCGGGUCUGUAACAAUCAAGAACAUGGUAGAAGAUGAUUGUGCGUCCAACAUCAUACCACUACCCAACGUUGACACUGAAACCCUAAUCAAGACUAUCGAGUACCUCAAAAAGCAUGCAGAGAUCUCGGGUUCAGACGAAGAAGAAGAAGAAAUCAAGAAAACAAAAAUCAAGGACUUCGAUAAGGAAUUCGUUAGCGUUAAGAUGCAAAAACUCUUCAACAUCAUAUUGGCUGCAAAUUUCCUUGACAUUAAGCCUUUGCUUGAUCUUUGUGCUCAGGCUAUUGCUGACAAGAUUAAGAACAAGUCGCACGUGGCUGUUAGAAAAAUUUUCAAUGUUGAAUGUGAUUACACUAAAGAGGAAGAAGAUGCCAUUCGAAAAGACAAUGAAUGGGCCUUUGAAGGAGAAGAAUUCGAUGAAUCCCUUGACUAGACUUAAUUAUGUAUUCGUUUAUGUAAUCUUUAGGGUUUUUGGUUAUGUUUUAAUAUAUUAGCUGUUUCCU